UCAGUUGAGUCACCAAGUCCUGUGUUUGACCUGUGGUCUUCUGGGGCGGCAGAAUUUCGCUGAGCUUCUGACGGAGCAGAAGGUUCUUCACUGCCCUGAGAUCACAAGUGUCAUAUGUAUGUGAGACUUUGUCAUGGGAAACAGCUGCUACAUGGUGGUAGCUGUGCUGCUGCUGGUGGGCACCAGGAGGACGAGAGCCCUGCAGGACUCCUGUGACAAAUGUGAGGCUGGUACCUUCUGCAAGAAAGACAAUCCAGUUUGUACCAGAUGUCCUCCAAGCACUUACUCCACCAGGGGUGGACAGCCGUAUUGCAACAUCUGCAAAGUGUGUGUAGGUUAUUUCAGGUUCAAGAAGCCUUGCUCCCCGACCAGUGACGCAGAGUGUGAAUGCACCGAGGGACUCCACUGCUUUGGGCCAAAGUGUGCCAGGUGUGAAAAGGACUGCAAGCCAGGCCAGGAAUUAACAGAGCAGGGUUGUAAAAACUGUGGCUUCGGGACGUUUAAUGAUCAGAACGGUGGUGGCCGCUGUCGACCCUGGACAAACUGCUCUCUAGCUGGAAAGUCUGUGCGUGAGAACGGGACCCAGGAGAAGGACGUGGUCUGUGGGCCCGCUUUGGCCAGCCUCUCUCCAGAAGGAGGGCUCCCCUUGCAGGUCCUUACCACGUUCGUGGCGCUGACCUCAGCCAUACUGCUGUUCCUGCUCUUCAUCAUUCUCUGGCUCUUGGUGGCCAGAUGGAGCGGCAAGAAAUUCCCCUACAUAUUCAAGCAACCAUUUAAGAUGGCCAUUCGAACAGCUCAAGAGGAAGAUGCGUGUAGCUGCCGAUUUCCAGAGGAAGAAGAAGGAGGAAGUUAUGAGAUGUGAUGUGCCAUCCCAGGAGAUGUGGGGGUCCUCAGGAAAUCGAGGAGCAGCACAAGAACCCCACUGUCCUUUCCCAGCACCAUCCUAGACAAUCAAUGUGCAAGCGCUCACCCCAUCCAAGCCUCUUCUAAUGCUAAUUGAUUUGUCUUUA